AUGAAGUUCUUCGCUAUCAUCGCUGCUGCUCAGCUCGCCACUGCUCUUCCUUUGGCCAAAGAGGAUGACUCCAAGGCCUGCUCCGGUGUUACCUGCCCAGUCACAGAGGCCUUAGGCUCUUCUGUUCCAGCGGUCCCUGGCAUGAAGCGCACCUUGUUCGACGACGUUCUUGGCAAGCCCGCGAAGGACGAGGAGGAGAAGGAGAAGCCUGAGGAGGAAGAGAAGGAGGAGAAGGAGCCUUCUUACUACGUCACUCCCUCCAAGGAGGACUUGAGCUACGACGAGCUCAAGCCCGAGAUGGAGGAGUCCUACGAGGCCAUCCCCAAGGAGACCGAAGAGUCUACUGACGAGCUUGAGUCUUACGACGAGCUUCUCUCCAAGAGGACUCUCGGCGACUUGUUCGGCAUGGACGACGAGGACUCUUACGAGGAGACCAAGCCCGAAGUCACCAGCUCCGCCUACGAGGCUAAGCCCACGCCCAGCCAGGGUUACGAGCACGCCCCUAAGCCUUCCAUGGCCUACGAGCAUGUUCCCGAGCCCAGCAAGGCCUACGGCGCCGUCCCCACCCCCAGCAAGGAGGCCUACGAGCAUGUCCCCGAGCCCAGCAAGGCCUACGGCGCUGUUCCCACCCCCAGCAAGGAGGCCUACGAGCACGCUGAGCCCAGCAAGGCCUACGGCGCCGUCCCCACUCCAAGCAUGGUCCACGAGUACACCAAGCCCAGCAUGGUCCACGAGAAGCCCACCCCUUCCUUCGGCUCUUACGAGUCUGCCCCCACCCCCGUCAAGGACACUUACGAGUCUUCCCCCGUCGAGGACUCAUACGAGGAGAAGGACACUGAGGAGGACAAGGAGGACAGCGAGGACAGCAACGACAUGGGUCUUGAUGCUCUCGGUGACCUCGGCGGCCUUCUCGGCAAGAACUAA